AUGUUCGAGCCACGAGACACCUUCAAGCGACACCAAUUUGGAGUAUUCAGCAGCAUCAACACCACGGCGAGACAUGAGGUCUGGUCCUCCGGGAGCCCCCGGAGGCCCCUCCGGGGGCUCCCGGAGGACGAGACCUCUUGUCUCGCCGUGGUGAUGGCCGCUCUGGCCGAGUACCGAACGCUCUACGAGCAGGGAUUGAAAGAUUCCCAAAAUCUGAUGGAUGAAAGCACCAAGGUGACAUCUAUGGAAAGGAAGAAUGUUACAGAAAAGGAUGAUGGAAAAGAUGUCGAGAAAGAAACUGUAAUUCAAAAAGAAGUCGAAAAGAAUGUGUGUGAUAGCGACAUCAAAGAGGUUCGUAACGAAAAACAUCUGAAAGAAACAAUUGAAGACUUGAAACACCAAGUUGAUGACGUGAAAAACAAGAUUAAGGAAGAAAAAGCAAAGGCUGAAGAAACAAAUGCUACGCGUAGCCCAUGCGUCGUAAAAGAACCAAGUGCUGCCCCUGUCAUUCAAGAUGGUAAAGUCGUUGAAAAGAUAGUCCCUGCUGUGACGCCGGCGAAGGUUGCUGAAAAGAUCCAUCCCACGAUGACGGAAGGAAAAGUCCCCGUUGUGACAAAAGAGAAGGUUGUUGAGCAGGCUGCCCCUUCGGUGACAGAGGAGAUCGUAAGCAUCUCUAAGGAGCAAGAAAAUGUCCCUGUUAUGGCAGAAGAGAAGAAGGUUAUUGAAAAGAUUAUCCCCUCGGUGACAGAAGGAAAAGUCCCGGUAGUCCCUCAACAGGAGGUUGUUGAAAAAGUUGCCCCAUCGCCGACAGAAGAAAAAGUUCCUGUUGUGACUCAAGAAAGGGCUGUUGAACAGGCUGCCCCUCCGGCGACAAACGAGGUUGUCACUGUUUCUAAAGAGAAAGAAGAAGUCCCUGUUGUAACAGAGGAAAAGGUUCCCGUUGUGACAAAUGAGACAGUUAUUGAAAAGAUUACUCCUACGGUGACAGAAGGAAAAGUCCCGGUAGUCCCUCAACAGGAGGUUGUUGAAAAGAUUCAUCCUACGGUGACAGAAGGAAAAGUCCCGGUAGUCCCUCAACAGGAGGUUAUUGAAAAGAUUAUCCCCUCGGUGACAGAAGGAAAAGUCACGGUAGUCCCUCAACAGGAGGUUGUUGAAAAAGUUGCCCCAUCGCCGACAGAAGAAAAAGUUCCUGUUGUGACUCAAGAAAGGGCUGUUGAGCAGAAUGCCCCACAAGAAAGGGCUACUGAACAGGCUGCCCCUACAGCCACAGAAGAGAUUGUCACUGUUUCUAAAGAGAAAGAAGAAGUCCCUGUUGUAACAGAGGAAAAGGUUCCCGUUGUGACAAAUGAGACAGUUGUUGAAAAAAUUUCCCCCACGGUGACGGAAGGAAAAGUCCCCGUUGUGACAAAAGAGGAGGUUGUUGAGCAGGCUGCCCCUUCGGUGACAGAGGAGAUCGUAAGUGUCUCUAAGGAGCAAGAAGUCCCUGUUGUGGCAGAAGAGAAGGUUGUUGAAAAGAUUCACCCUACGAUGACAGAAGGAAAAGUCCCGGUAGUCCCUCAACAGGAGGUUGUUGAAAAAGUUGCCCCAUCGCCGACAGAAGAAAAAGUUCCUGUUGUGACACAAGAAAGGGUUAUUGAACAGGCUGCCCCACAAGAAAGGGUUAUUGAACAGGCUGCCCCUACGGCGACAGAAGAGAUUGUCACUGCUUCUAAAGAGAAAGAAGAAGUCCCUGUUGUUGUAACAGAGGAAAAGGUUCCCGAUGUGACAAAUGAGACAGUUAUUGAAAAGAUUAUCCCCUCGGUGACAGAAGGAAAAGUCCCGGUAGUCCCUCAACAGGAGGUUGUUGAAAAAGUUGCCCCAUCGCCGACAGAAGAAAAAGUUCCUGUUGUGACACAAGAAAGGGCUGUUGAGCAGAAUGCCCCACAAGAAAGGGUUAUUGAACAGGCUGCCCCACAAGAAAGGGCUGUUGAGCAGAAUGCCCCACAAGAAAGGGUUAUUGAACAGGCUGCCCCACAAGAAAGGGUUAUUGAACAGGCUGCCCCACAAGAAAGGGUUAUUGAACAGGCUGCCCCAGAGGAAAAGGCUACUGAACAGGCUGCCCCUACAGCCACAGAAGAGAUUGUCACUGUUUCUAAAGAGAAAGAAGAAGUCCCUGUUGUAACAGAGGAAAAGGUUCCCGUUGUGACAAAUCAGACAGUUGUUGAAAAGAUUCAUCCUACGGUGACAGAAGGAAAAGUCCCGGUAGUCCCUCAACAGGAGGUUGUUGAAAAGAUUACUCCUACGGUGACAGAAGGAAAAGUCCCGGUAGUCCCUCAACAGGAGGUUGUUGAAAAAGUUGCCCCAUCGCCGACAGAAGAAAAAGUUCCUGUUGUGACACAAGAAAGGGCUGUUGAGCAGAAUGCCCCACAAGAAAGGGUUAUUGAACAGGCUGCCCCUACGGCGACAGAAGAGAUUGUCACUGUUUCUAAAGAGAAAGAAGAAGUCCCUGUUGUUGUAACAGAGGAAAAGGUUCCCGAUGUGACAAAUGAGACAGUUAUUGAAAAGAUUACUCCUUCCGUAACAGAAGAAAAAGAUGUCAAUCAACGGAAGGUUGUUUCUUACGAAGAUGCUACAGAAAAUCAGGAAAAUCAAGUUACUGGAGAUGAGGAAACGGACAAAACUGAAUUGAAGUUUAUCGUCACCAUACAAGAGAGAAUAGUCCGUGAACAGACAGUCUCGAUCAUACCCGUCAUGGACAAGGGCGCCAACAAAAGAGCGAAUGGAAAAUUGGUGAAAAAAGCAAUGAAAAGAGUAGCGAAGAAGGUGGCCCGUGCUGUACUUGAAGAACUAUCAAAGGAACACAACACAGAUGGGGAGGGACAGUAGCAGCAGAAGCUGUAACCAGUGUGAGGGGAUAGGCUGCCACUUUCCACCAAACCGACAGUCACCACCACCAAAAUGUCCCCUCAGCACCCAGCUGCUUGCGAUGGGAUCCCAAAACUAAAUUCCCUAAGAAAGUGUUCCGUAUUUACUUGUCUUUUCUUAUUCCGUGUCUAUCUAUCUUAC